AUGAGGAAAUAUGGAUUCCAUCAGAGCAAUUCCGACCACACACUUUUUUUGAAGCAUCGACGAGGCAAGACCACAGCUCUGAUAGUCUAUGUAGACGAUAUGAUUAUUAUAGGAGAUGAUUCAGAAGAAAUAUCAUGUCUUCAGAAGCAAUUGGCAGCUGAAUUUGAGAUGAAAAACUUGGGAGGACUCAAAUAUUUUCUGGGAAUUGAAGUUGCUAGAUCUAAGGGAGGUAUAUUCCUUUCCCAACGAAAAUAUGUCCUAGAUUUAUUAUCAGAAGUUGGACUUCUGGAGUGUAAACCUGCAGAUAUACCAAUAAUCCAAAAUCACAAACUUGGAGAAUAUUCAAAUCAAGUGCCAAUAGACAAAGGCAGGUAUCAAAGAUUGGUCGGUAAGCUAAUUUAUCUCUCACAUACACGACCCGAUAUUGCUUAUGCAGUAAGUGUCGUAAGCCAAUUCAUGCAUUGUCCAAGUGAAGAUCCUAUGAAUGCAGUUAUUCAAAUUCUUCGAUACCUGAAAUCCUCUCCUGGAAAGGGACUUAUGUUUUUUGAAGAAGAAUCACUUAAGGGUUGA